GUACCCGGGCAAUCGAGAUGCCCUCACUGCCAACAACAGAUUGUCACAGAGACAACAUACGUCAACGGCAUGUUCGUCUGGGCCAUCUGCGGCGUUCUAGGCUUUUUUGGGAUUUGGCCUUGUUGUUUGAUUCCGUUCUUUGUGGACGGUUGCAAGGACGUAGAGCAUCGCUGUCCUCAGUGCAAGACCAUACUCUAUAUACAUAAACGAAUGUAGCUUUUCCUAAAGAACAUGACAAUCAUGACAAAGAGAGCCACGGAGACAAACACAAACCAAAUACAUCCCAUAAAUGUGUUUUACCCUGUACUGGCCGUUACUUAAUAGUAAACACAAUGACAGAAAACGAAAAUCAUAGCAACUGUUUGUUAACAAUGAU